AUGGACUCCCGCCCGAAGAAGACGGAAGGGUCUUACAGCAAGUUCAACCAGAAGGAAGGGUUCAGGGACUCAGGGUACAGACAUGCCCGAUGGCUCAUGUUGAGAACCGCGGAAUUUACUACUCGGAGAUCGAUCCCGGGGAGCGACCGUUCUAUCGAACCCGUGGACACUUCCUUCGCAACAGCGCAAAACAUUCACCACAGCGACGUCGAACUCCGCGAUCCCUCCCACAAGCACAACGCACACGCUCUCGAUACAUCACAGCUCUACAAGAGUCUGCCGUGGUUGCUGUCAAGCGAGAAUCGGAUGAUAGAAGAUGAUGAUACAAGAAACCAGCUUUCGCGAAAAUAUCUCCAAAAUGCGUGCAAGGAACUUAUUACAAGCAUGAACAGCAAGAAAGAUCAGAAUGACAGAAGUCUCAUCUCUACCUACUCCAAGAAAGUGCUGGUUGUUUCGAACGGGAGCGAGUGCCUGAAGAAUGUAAUGAGGGCAAGAGACCAAUCCUCGACUCGUUCGGAAGACAGCAUGGAAAUCGAUUGA